CUCUUCUGGCAUUCACCAUUUCACUAUAUACUUUCAUGUUGUUGCAUCAGCUGCUCUCCAAUUAUGGUGAUGAAAAGUUUGAAGCAUGCAAUGAAACGAGCAACACCAAUAAUUGCAGAGUAUUUGGGUGGUGCAGUUAGUUGUAAUGUUUAUUGCAUGACUGAUUCUCGAGCUGACGGUUUUGGUGUCUCUUCAUGUAUUCUUAGCAGCCUCGAAGAUGCUAGAGUGUCACCAGAAAAGAAAGUGCAAGCAAUUGUGGUAAAGAGCAACUUCAAUCCAGUUCGAAAUUACGAGGAGUUAAUGCUUUCUAUUCCGCAACAUCAUGGGUCUGUAAUUACACUUGAACACCUACAAUAGGCAUGUGAACGGGAGCUUCACCAUUAGCCUCAUGUACAGAAAUAAGAAUGAGUGAGACGGUGUAGUGUCAAUGGUAUUUGAUUGAAUGCAACACCUUUUUGACAGUAUGAUUCCCUUUGGUAGCAUUCAAAACAAUCUUGAAGUUGUCGUUUAUCAAGUUGAUGAGAUCGUUGAAUUC